AUGAUCACAGAAUGGUUGGAUCUCAUUUAUAACACAACAAAAAAUGAAGUAGAAGAUGGCUCUGACAAAUCAAAAAAGAUUCAAAAUUUUCUUCGUAACAAAGUACCCGAAAAAGCUCAAGCUGCAUUUUUACUCUUCUGCAAUGUCGCUCAACGUCUACCACGAUAUCCUUUCGACCAUCUCCUUCAAGGAUAUCAAUGGGAUCUCGAAAGAUUCGUAACCCUGACAAAUGAAGCUGAGUACGACAAAACCAAAGGAAAAGUACUCAUAAAAAAUACUGAUGAACUCAUACAGUACUGUCGUCACGUCGCAGGCAGUAUUGGAGAAAUGUUGGUCUGGGUUUAUUUUAGUCAUUUUCCGAAUAUAAAUUCGCGAACUUCAAAUUCCAUUCAGUCAUUUCAAGAUGAAAAUUUUCAAGAAAACAGAUGCAAGAUACUCGAAAAAGCUAAUAACACUGGAGUAGCUCUUCAACUUAUUAACAUUGCUCGUGAUAUUCGCGAAGACGCCGAAAAACUUGGACGGAUUUAUAUUCCUAUUGAAUUUUUUAAUUCGGAAAGCAACAUACCAUCGGUAAUGUCGAAAAUAGAUUCUAAAAGCUUCGUUAAACCCUCUCCGAUGCAUUUGUCUCUUUUGCUGGAUGCUUCCUUGUCAAAAUCAAAAGUGAAUUUGAAUAAUUUUCCUUAUGCUACCUAUACUGCCCAUCUUCUUGAACUUGCUAAUAAUUAUUGCAAUGAAUCUAUUGAUGCUAUCGAUCUACUUCCGAAAAGUUGUCAAGCAGCAACCCGUAUAGUUGUCAAGGUAUAUGAGAAAAUUGGUGUUGAAGUUUUCAAUCGUGACGUUGGGAAAAUAUCGAAAGGACAAUUAUUUCUAAGCAAUGGUUAUCGAGUUCGAGUGUCAACAUGGAAUCGAAUAUGGAUUGCACUUAAAGAAAUGUACAAAUUGUCUUAA